AAGAAACAUUUUUGAGACGUCUGCGAUCGCAAUCAUUCUUUCUUGCCCGUAUCAGCUUCACCACCAACAUCACGACUCGAGUCGCAUUUACAAAUUAUAAUCGCCAUGGAUAUCGAUCACGUUCCCACAGACGCCAAGUCAAAGGAGGUUGUCCGGCUUUGGCGGGCAUGGAGGACUGUCCAUGAGAUGGUCGCGGACCGAGAAUACGAGCUCGCUGAGGAGGAAGUCAAGAUCUCUCUCGACCGCUUCCGCGACGAGUAUUGCAACCCCGACGGUUCUAUCAACCGCAACAAACUCUCAUUCUCGGCGCGCCCUAGCACAGCCAUGAUGCGCAAGUUUACUCCUCCCGCGACAGCAGCCAACCCCGAUCCUGUUGCCGACUGUGGCCCUAUCUGGAUCGAGUUCCUUGCCGACAAGACUUUCGGUGUGAGCCAGAUUCGAGCAUUCGCCUCAUACGUGAUCUCAAACAACUACAAGACCGGCAUCAUGAUAACUCACGUCCCUCUUUCUCCCGCCGCCCGAAGGUCGCUUGCUAGCGUCGAAUCACUUGCGAAGAUUGAGUGUUUCCUCGAGGACGACUUGCUUGUCAACAUCACCCACCACGAGCUUGUUCCCAAGCAUGUUCUCCUUUCCCGUGAGGAGAAGAUCGCUCUUCUCAAGCGCUAUCGUCUUAAGGAGACCCAGCUCCCUCGUAUUUUGCAGAAGGAUCCUGUUGCUCGUUACUUAGGCCUCAAGCGAGGUCACGUUGUCAAGAUCAUCCGAAACAGUGAAACAGCUGGUCGAUAUGCCAGUUACCGAUUGUGUGUAUAGAUAAUUUGUCGGAAAGACUGCAUUGAGAUUGGAUUAGUCAAGGGACAGAAAGGGCUUCUGGUAUGAGGACGAGGGCGUCAAACUGCAAAUGAAAUUCUAAAAAGCUGGCGUUUCAGGGGUUCUAUCUAAAUUGCGCUGCGCUGUAGCAAAGCCAACCAAGGAAUACAAGCAUUUAUAUG